AUGGUUAUCAUUGAUCCGUAUUUCAAAGAUUCUUCCUCAGGUAUCCAGAUUUACAGCUUUCCUCAUCUUCCUCUUGCAAUUUGCUUUUGAUUGGAAUAGAAUUUUCAAUUUUUUCAUGCCUGUUCUUUGACCUAUCUAGUGUAAUAUUUUCAGAUCUUCCCGGACAACAGACGGGCCCAAUUCCGCAAGUAGAUAUCGUGAUGCCAUACUACUGGACCACUGACGACACUCGCCGCGCCAUUUUGGCCUCGAUUAUCCCUAUCGGUGCUGGAGUUGCGGGCGCUGCCUUCAUCGCUCGUGAUAAGCAAAUUAACGAUGUUAUCAACGUAAGAUUUACAAUUCUCUUGUCAGUUUUUAGGUUCACCAAUGUGAGGAUUCGCUGAGGAUGGGAGAAAAGUGUUAAAACGGGUUUAUGGGGUCAAAUUUUUGGUUCGAUUACAUGGUUUCCUUCAGCUCAUCUAAAAUAAGGUCGGAAAAGUUGAGGGUGGUUGUAUAAUGUGGUCAUUUUGGUAUUUCUCGUAUCGUCAAGGCAUCUCUGAGCUUUCAAAUAUUCCAGGCUAACGUUUUUUUAAUCCCACAAGCCAUAACAUGCAAAACGACCCUGACUACGAAUAAUUUUUUACAAAUUUUAUCGUCUUCCAAAGUGUUAUUGGGUUCUUGUGAAAUCAAGAGCUUAUUGACAAUCUUUGAGCAUCCAAAUCUUUUAGUUCCGAGAAAUGUUGACGGUCUUUGAUCACCCCAACCUCUCUUGUUGACAUGUAAAAUAAUAUCGAAAUCAAAGCUAAACACUUUUUUGCAGAGCAGCCGCAAACCCCAUUGGGCGAUCAAAUGUAAAGCCACCCAUUCUGCCAUCGACAUCCUCACUGCCGCCCCACUCGGCUAUGCCUCCUAUCUGGUGUACAAGAAUGGCGGAGGCUUCGAUUACACCGAUACCACCGUUGCUCUGACUCUGUAUGGAGCGAAUAUUGGGCUCGCCUUGACUAACAUCCCAUUGUUGAAGAGAUCCAACUUCCAAUGCGUAAGUUGUAUUCUUUUUUGAGUUGAACUUUUAGGUUGGUGAACGAAGUUUUUUGAGAUUUUCGAGCGACUUGACCUUAUUUUAGUUGCAGAUUCGAAUUUUUUGUCGUAAAAAGGUUGUUUUUAGCUCUUCUACAACGGCCUAUUGGUUAGCGGAACUGCUGCCGCUACUGCCUACGCUUUCUACAAGAUCGACAAGCACGCCGGCCUCUGGACCCUCCCCUACGCCUUGUGGACCGUCUACUACGCUGCUCUCGGCUACGCCACCUACAAACUGAACAGCCCCAACAAAGACGCCUAA